AUGAAACACGAUAAAUACAUUCAAAUCGAGCUUCAAAAUCACUACAGACAAAUCUCCAAAUGGUUCAAUGUGGGUUUUUUUGGACUUGUGAAUAUAAAAAAUGUGUUCACAAUUUUCAGGACUUGAAAAGCAAUGCGAACACUGAAAAAUUUGAUGCUGAAACGUUGGAACGUUAUAACAAGUUGUCAAACGACUACGACAAUUAUUUGGUCUCGGCUCAAAGAAAAAUCGUAAGUUUGUUUCGGUGGCAAACAUGUUCUACAUCUUGUGAGUUUUUCAGAAUUGCUUCGGUUCUGAUUUCAUCGGAAAAAAUUUCAAUCAACAAUUUGAUGAGGUUAUUCAACUUUUCACCAGAGCUCGCAAUAUUUACAACGUAAACAUUUUUUUUUGAAAUUUUAAAAUAAAUAAAUGUUUAUUUUUUAGGAAGUCUACGAGAUCAUUUACAUCACUUCUGCUUGA